AUGGCCAUCAAUGGGGCCAAUGGAGCCAAAAAGCCUGGAUCUGUGCUGGAUCACAGUGGCUAUCUCUUCAAUGAAUACAGCAAGGGCAAAGAGUACAUGGUGCUCAGAGCCGGCGUCUUACGAAUUCGAACCGGCCCCAAGGGUUCAGAUCUGGCUGUGCUGUACAUCUUUGCAGUGGGUACUGAAGUCCGACAGCUGCCCAAUUGCAAGCUGCAGAUCCGAUGUCGAGUGCCACACGCGCAAGAGUACCUGUUCACUGCCGAGUCAGAAGCAGAGGCUGAAGUGUGGCACGAGAUGCUGCGUGCUUCUAUCAAAUCUGCGGAGAACAAGACACGAGCCCUGCUGGAACAUAUCUACAGUGGCUCCACCAUGCACAAGUACAACUACAGCAACUCAAAACGAUCACGGCGCUUCUUCUGGGUGCAGAAGGAUGAACUUUGCUGGGGCCGCGCCAAGACCGACUCGGAAGUUCAGAAUGUGAACCUCAAAGAAUGCCUUGGAAUCGUCUAUGGUCCGAUGACUACCACGUUUCAACGCUGCGAUCAUCGGGAGGAUCCGGACUGGGCCUGUUUCAGUCUGCUCUUCACGGGGCGCACCUUGGAUCUGGCCGUGGCCGGCGACCUGCAAAUUCACGCCUGGUUGUUGGGAUUGCAGCAUCUCAUCUCUCAACAUGGCGUGGGUUCCAUGCCCAUUAUGUCUGAAGGCGAGUUUUAUCGGCGCAAGGUGCAGUACAAGCUGAUGUCUGUGGCGCACCAAAACGGCUUGGUGCUGAGUCGCUUCCUUUUGAUGAAAGUCAAGGAGGCCGGACGACCCGGCGCCGCGAAAGCCGUGGCGAGUACUGGUGGCCUGGGCGGCCUGGGCGCCGGUGCCUUGGUGAGUGGUGGUCCUUUGGCUCAACCCAUGCAGGUCUUUUCUCCAAAAAAGGAGAAGAAGAAGAGGGACAAGGAGCCGCUCGACCCAGAAGCGCAAGUGCGCAUCGAGGGCCUCAAGGAGCAGGUGCUCAAACUUCAGGCAAUGCUGCGGCGGAGAUGUGCCGAAGCCGAUGGUCAGGAAGAGCUGUUGAGACGGGCGAAGGAGGGGAAGAUCUCCGCCUCCCAGGAGCUGAGCAAAGAACUCCAGGAGAUCACCUUGGAUGUGCUUUCAAAGCGCUGUAAGGCUUUGGAGGCACAAGCCCAGCAGCUGACUGAAAGCAAUGAGCAGAUGGCGCCACAAGCCAAAGAUGCUGGGAAAUCUGAAAGGUCGUUGAAGAAAUUGCAGUCGAAGCUUGAAGAAAGUGAUGCCCGCAAGCGAUCUCUGGAACAGGAGCUGGGCAUCGCUGCGAGCACCACGGCAAAGGAGAGCGGCGCCUUGAACGCCUCCUCCAAAGCAAAGAAGGUCGCGCAAAGUCGCAGCCAGGAGCUCCAGCAACGCGUCCACGACUUGGAGCAGCAGCUGAAGACUCCGCAGCAGGCAGCCCCGGCGGCGCGGCAGGCGGCGUUGGACAACAAACGCCACGACGAGGCGAUUGCCAAAGGGGAACAGGAGAAGCUGCACCUGGCGCAGCGACUGGAGGCGCUGGAGCAGGAGCAGAAGCGCGUGCUGGAAACGGAGAAGAAACUCUUGGAGCGCCUGACCAAAAGUCAGAAGGCCAACCAGUCGCUGGACGCCCGCUGUGCGCCGCUGAAAGUGGCGGCCCAGGCCAUGCGGACGCAGCAGCAACGCCUGCGUACGGAGGUGACUGAAAUUGGAACGACUUUCAAUGGUGAGGUGAAGAAAAUGCUCGAAGCCACAACAAAGGUAAGAGAUCGGACGAAAGCCUUGGAGCAGAAGCACAACUUGGCCAUCGAGGACCGGGACAAACUCCAGACCCUGGUGGCGGAGCUUGAGGCCGCGUGCGCGGGCAGCCCGUCGGCCACAAAGAAAAGCCGCGCGAAAGCGAAGGUUCGGCUACACCUCAGCAGUGUGGAUGCGGAAGGCUCCUCUCGGGCGAUGGAGCUCUUCAAGUUGUUGGACAGCGACGCUGAUGACCUCUUGAGUCCGCGCGAUUGUCUCAAGGCCUUCAGGGGCGCCGCAGCGCUGGUCAAGGAACGUGCGGACAAUGCACUUCAUCAAGAGAGACUCAAAGCCUUCCUUCGAGAACGCGGUCUUCCUUUGGAUAUGCAGAUCCCUCGUCACAAAGCACUGGGUGGUGAUCAGUACAGUCGCGCGAUGUCACUGCAGAGGUACUUGGUGCUGAAGUACGGAUCCUUGUACGAGGCUAUCCACUCCAUGGAUUCCUCCGGCAUAGGCUUCGUCAGCAAAGAUGACUUCGUUCAGCGUUUGCUGUCGGAUCGCUAUUGCCUCUCUGAAUAUGAGGCGGAGGAACUCUUUCAAUCCUUUGACCCUUGGGGAAAGGGCUGGUUGCCUCUUCAACGAAUGCUGGAAUACGAGGUCUCUGGAAUGGAAUGGCUGCGACCAUGGGUAAAUGCUGCGUCACCACGGAGCGUUUCCCCACGUGGCUCUCCUUCGCCGCGCGGCACCUCUCCGCGCUCCGCGUCGCCGCGGUCUGCAUCGCCGCGGAGUACGGCGCGAAGGUCUGGCACCAGAUCGCCCGAUCGUUUUUUUGCCUCACCACGGAGUGCUCAAGGAAGUGGUUGGAUGGAAGAGGAACUGGCGGAAGAUCGCUCCGACUUUCUCUUCUCAGACCCUGGGCGGUUGGAUGGACCACCUCCCUCGAGUCCUAGGCGUCAACCAACCAAGCGCUCUCCACGGUCGUCUGCGCAUGAGAGGCUUCACAUUGCUGGGAUCGGACAUAAAAGGGCCUUACCUGGUGAUGAUGCCCUCCGAAGCGCCUAUCAGAAUCUGGAGGAGGCCAAAAACCUGAUGGAUGAGAUGAAGCAGAAGGCCAAGGAGCGAGCGGCUGCGGCCAUGAAAGCUGUGGACGAAGCUCGAGAUCGUGCACAGGCUGCGAAGGCAGCAGCAGCAUCCGGGUCUGUGCCGCCAUCCCUGCAGGCCCCUGGUCCUGUGGAGCGCUUCCGUGCCAGCAGGCCACAACGUCCUGAAGUGCCAGCCAUCAAUCUGCAGCCGGUGAAGGAUGACGAGUCCUUAGGGCCGUUGACUCCAGCAACAACUCCCCGCGAAGCCGCAGAGGGCAGCGAUGCUUCGCCCGGCCGCAUCAGCGCGGUGAAGGCCAUGGCGUCGGCCGCUUCGGCGGCGUCGGUGCAGUCUGGAGAAAGCCGUUCGGCCCUGCAGCAGCGGCGCAAAGCCCGUGAGCAGCGACGCAAGGAGAUCAUGAAGAUCAUGGACGCUGAUGGCGAUGGCGUCAUCACUGAGUCGGAGCUGGAUCAACUGAAGGCAGCCAACCCAGAGCUGUCUCAGGUUGACAUGAGCAAGCUGGAUGCUGAUGGAGACGGGCAAAUUAGCAAGGAGGAGUUGGAGAAAGCUCUGGAUUUUGAUGGCGAGCCCAAAACACAGGCUGAAGAGGCAGCGAGCCUCUUUUCGGCCGUGGCCAAUUUGUUCGGCGGAAGACCAUCGCAGGCAUCUGUGGAGAGAGUGGAGCCAGAGGAGACGAAGGAGGACUCCACGCCGACUCCCAAAGCCAAAGCUUUGCCGAAGGCGCUGUUUGCAAUGACUCGAGUGAACUUGGUCGCUGGCAGGAAAGGCAGCUUGGCCGUGUCUUCCGAGGAUCCUCAAGGUUCUUCGCAGGCCACGUCCGCGGCGCGCAAGCGUCGCGACCUACGCAAGGCCGGGAAGGCUGCUGCACUUCUGGCAGUUCCAGGGCGGCAGGAUGCAGAUGGCAACGGCUAA